CACGGGACCUCCUGCGCGGCGACCCGAGGUGGCGAUGGACCGGCCGCGGCAUUGGAAAGUGUCGCCGGCGCAGGCGGCCCCCGACAUUGCGCCGACAUCGGCCGUCCCUGACCGGCAGCCGGGCCCGGCGACCGGCUCGGAGGCCUCCGACCCGGCCGACAGGGUUACCACCAGCCCGGCCGACCCCAAGACGCUAAAACAACUGAAGCCUGACGAUGUGGUGUAUGUCGUGUACGAAACCACCAAGGAUGGCACCAAGUUCACAUACCCCGCUAAGAUAUUGGAGAUACGGAAGGACGCACUGUUCACGUACUUUUUCGUCCACUACCUCGGCUGGUCCCAGCGUCACGACGAGUGGAUCAUGGCCCAAGUCAUCCACAGUGUCGUGAAUCUCAGCCAGCUUCCAGACGGCCUCCGGUCGCUCAAGCGUCGCAUGGUGCCGGCGUCGUCCGGGCCGGCCCACCCGGCCGCCUACCGCCGACUGCGGCCCUGCUCCGUGGACCUCUCCGCCAACAACAUCUGCUUCUUCUCGGCGCUGCGUAAGGAGCGCUUCCACGUGGCGGACCGGCGCAUCAUGGCUCUGCGGGAGGCGCGGCGCAGCGGCCGGCAGGACGGGUGGUCCGCCGGCGCCGUGCUCUGACCCCCGGCUCGGUCGCCCCGCCGAGUGGACCUAAGCGACGCCUGGUGUGAGUCGAUCAACCACGCGGAGCGUGGCUUUGGCCCCAGUGCGAGAUUUUGAGGCCAGUGUGGCCACUUGGUGCGGUGAGGCCACCCCAGUUGGCACAGGUAAGAUCCGUUUGCGUUAAGUUGUGCGUCUGAUGGUUAGCCGAGAUGCCAUGGUGUUCAGACUGUCAUGUAUCAUAGUGAUGAUUUUUGGGUUGUGAUAUCGCGUACAGGAAGCGAAGGUCCAGUUUUCACAUCUACUCAAUACGUCUGUGGUGGUGUGCGUGUGAUCGCAUUUCGACUUUUUC